UGUGGGCAGGCAGGCACAGCGUCCCGGCUGCGCGGCGCGGCGCGGCUCGGCUCGGCUCGGCUCGGCUCGGCUCGGCUCGGCUCGGCUCGGCUCGGCUCGGCUCGGCUCGGCUCGGCGCGGCGCGGCUCGGCGCGGCGCGGCUCGGCUUGGCUCGGCGCGGCGCGGCUCGGCUUGGCUCGGCUCGGCUCGGCGCGGUUCGACUCGGCUCGGCUCGGCUCGGCUGCAGCGCGCUGCCCUCGCCAUGUCGGUGGCCGGGCUGAAGAAGCAGUUCCACAAAGCCACGCAGAAAGUGAGCGAAAAAGUAGGAGGUGCAGAAGGAACAAAGCUAGAUGAUGAUUUCAAAGAAAUGGAAAGGAAAGUGGAUGUUACCAGCAGGGCAGUUAUGGAAAUAAUGGCAAAGACAAUAGAGUAUCUUCAGCCAAAUCCAGCUUCCAGAGCUAAACUCAGCAUGAUCAACACUAUGUCAAAAAUUCGAGGCCAGGAGAAGGGACCAGGCUAUCCUCAGGCAGAAGCCUUGCUGGCAGAUGCGAUGCUGAAAUUUGGCCGAGAACUUGGUGAAGAAUGCAACUUUGGACCAGCACUUGUUGAUGUGGGAGAAGCUAUGAAGGAGCUUUCUGAAGUCAAGGACUCUUUAGACAUGGAAGUGAAGCAAAACUUCAUUGACCCACUUCAGAAUCUCCAUGACAAAGAUCUGAGAGAAAUACAGCAUCACCUGAAGAAAAUGGAGGGUCGACGCCUGGAUUUUGAUUACAAGAAGAAAAGACAGGGCAAGCUCCCUGAUGAAGAACUUCGUCAAGCUCUGGAGAAAUUUGAUGAAUCAAAAGAAAUUGCUGAGUCAAGCAUGUUUAACCUUCUGGAGAUGGAUAUUGAACAAGUGAGCCAGCUUUCUGCUCUCGUGCAAGCCCAGCUGGAGUACCACAAGCAGGCCACACAGAUCCUACAACGAGUUACUUCUAAACUGGAAGAUAGAAUAAAAGAGGCAUCAUCUCAACCCAGGCGAGAAUACCAGCCCAAACCUCGCAUGAGCCUGGAUUUCUCAACUGGUGACAAUACACAGCACAAUGGAGGAAUAUCCCAUGCCACCACACCCAAACCAUCAGGUGUUCACAUGGAUCAGCCAUGCUGCCGGGCUCUGUAUGACUUUGAACCAGAGAAUGAAGGGGAGCUGGGAUUUAAAGAGGGUGAUAUUAUUACCCUCACUAACCAGAUUGAUGAAAACUGGUAUGAGGGGAUGCUUCAUGGCCAGUCAGGUUUCUUCCCCAUCAAUUAUGUCGAUAUUCUCGUUCCAUUACCCAAUUAGGAAUGCUGACCCACCACCUCUGACACAGAUAGCUGUGUCAGUACCACUGCUUUCAAAAUGCUGCUUCUUACACCUUACAAGUGCAAACUGCAGUGGUUAGUUACCAAUUCCUAAUGAGCAUCUUUGGUUUACGUGUUGUCAUACUAUGUGGUGGUGAUGCGUUGUAUCUUCAGAGCCAGCACAGCGUGGAUUAGGUUAUUGACUGUGCAGGCCUGGUAGUACCAGAGCCAUUAGUGAGAUGAAAUGGGGAAGAUGAUGGCAAGCAAAGCUGAUAAUUCAUAGUGAGGUAGCAGGAAGUGAAGGUGGUGUUGGGAAGAUAAUGCCUAUCACCACUGUAUUACUUUUUCAGUCUUAGUUCUCUAUAAAACGAGGGAAAAGUUCUUGCCAUUACAUCUUUCCCUUUCUAAUGAUACAGUUCACACAGGUCUAACAUUGACUAACCAGAAUUGUAUCUUCCAACCAAACUGGCUGGCUGUUCUCACAGAGAGAGCUUAAGUGUAGAUCCUCUGGUUUCGCAGAAAGUGAACCACUGUACUGUGUGUCCUGCUGCUCUCUGCUAAGUUUUAUAUUCUUAAUUAUUGUUAAAAGGCCUAUUUCCCUCCAGAGGUAAACUGUAAGCUAUGAAAUGGGGAUUCCUGUAGUAGAAAUGUUGGACCACAAACCACCUGAAUUUGCCCUUCAGGAACUUUUAGCAUGCUCACCAAAAUGCCAGUAAAUGGGCAAGAUGGGGAAUAAAACUGGCAUUUAUUUAAUGUUUCUUGUCAAGUCUUGGCACAAAA